AUGGCAGUCUUCGGAGUAGGGAAUGUGGCCGCACAGCUCGAUGAAAUCAACCAAUACCAACUUGGAUGCUACAUUAGCAGCAAUGAAGCAGUAUGGCGCAUCUUAUCAUUUGCAAUCCAUGAACGACAUCCAACUGUAGUACACUUGGCGGUGCAUCUCGAGAAUGGACAGCGCGUGUACUUCACAGCAGGUAAUGAUGAUAUUUUUGUAAAGACUCUACUUUAUUCUGAGGUACCGAAAUUCUACACAUGGAAUGCAUGGGCUAAAAAGUUUCAACGUCGCAAGCAAGGUAAAGCAGUUGAAGGACAUCCCAAUCUGUAUUCCUCUGACGCAUUUGGUCGUCUGUACACUGUUCACCCGAACAAUACAGAGUGCUUCAAUCUGCGAUUGCUGUUAAUCAAUGUACCUGGACCGACAUUCUUCCAAGAUUUAAGAGCAGUCAACGGUCAGCUGUGCGCCACUUAUCGCCAAGCUUGCCGGGAGCUAAAUCUUCUUGAGAAUGAUGCACAUUGGGACACUGCGCUCGCAGAUGCAUCGAAUACUGCGCGACCACAGCAAAUGCGCACGUUAUUUGCCGUAAUAUUGACAACCUGCUUCACAUCUAAUCCAAAAGAACUUUGGGAAAAAUACAAGGCCUACAUGAGUGAAGAUAUUCUACAUCGUUUGCACGCUGCGAAUCAAAAUCUGGACAUUCAAUUCAUACCAAACGUGUAUAAUGAGGCAUUGAUUUUGAUUGAAGACAUAUGUUUGGCAAUCGCUAACAAAGCACUGAUGCUACUGGGAAUGCCUGCUCCGAACCGACCAGCGAACGACAUUUUCGAUCGUGAUUUGGAACGAGAAACACACUUUGAUUCUGACGAACUGGAAACAUUUGUUCAGACAAAUCUUCCGCAGUUGGUUCCAGAACAACGCAUUGCGUAUGACAGAAUUAUGCGUGCUAUCACAGAACAAACCAUACGAUCUCAAAAUAAUAUUGCACUGGCCAUUGCAUCAUCUGGAAUUGCGGCAACUCUUUUGGAUGGUGGUCGAACAGCGCAUUCAGCAUUGAAACUUCCGUUAAAUUUGCAAAACACUGAGGCACCAACAUGCAACAUCAGUAAAAACUAUGGAAUGGGCAAAGUACUCCAAGCGUGUCAAAUUAUCAUAUGGGACGAAUGUACAAUGUCUCACAAGAAAGCAUUGGAAGCGAUUGAUCGUACACUGCGAGAUUUGAGGGGAAACACCCGGAUCUUCGGUGGUGCACUCAUUUUAAUGUCUGGUGAUUUUCGACAAACACUGCCGGCUUUACCACGUUCAACACUCGCUGAUGAACUUAAUGCAUGUCUCAAAUCAUCAGUUUUAUGGCGUCUUAUACAGAAAUUGACUCUGAAAACCACCUUGCGUGUACAACUACAACGGGAUACAUCGGCUAGUAAUUUUGCAAAAGAAUUAAUGGAUAUUGGAAAUGGGCGAAUGCAAAUUGAUGAUUCUACACAAUGUAUCACCUUGCCAGCAAACUUCUGUAGGAUCACAGAAAGCAUAGCCGAAUUGGUGCAAAAGGCGGCCAAAAACAUCGAUGUCAAUACCAUCAACUUCACUGUUCAGAAUGGAAUACCCGGCGAAACGACAACAUAUAAGUCCAUCGAUACUUUGUUGAAUCAAGACGAAGUUGUCAACUAUCCAACUGAAUUCUUGAAUUCGCUUGAUUUGCCAGGCAUGCCACCGCACGUUCUAACAUUGAAAAUUGGCGUGCCCAUCAUUCUUUUUCGAAACAUAAGUCCACCACGACUUUGCAACGGAACCAGACUCUCAGUCAAGAAAAUGAUGAACAAUGUUAUCGAAGCAACAAUUUUGACUGGAAAAUUCAAAGACUUCAAUUCAUCGCCAGAAGCUGGUUCUUCGAGCUGGAUAGCGCUCACGGAAAUACAGAUUAAGAUGCAGAGAGAUUGGGCAGAAUUAGUACAGCUGCGAGGACGAAUAAAAGGUUCCAUCUCGCGGUUAAGUGAAUAUGCUGAUAAGCCACCUGUAGAUUGUCAGCCUGAAGAUGUAGGAGCACGCCGCAUAUUGUUAGAAGACUUCUACGUUGACGACGUUUUGACAGGUGCCGAUUCAGAGUCAGAGCUGAUAGAACUGCGUGAUGAGCUGGUGAAAUUAUUGAAAAUGGCGGGUAUGGAGCUCAGCAAAUGGGUAUCCAAUUCCACACAAUUGGAGGAGGAAUGGCCUGCGCAGCAUGAGAUGUUUCCGGAAGAAGUUACGAAACUUCUUGGGCUUUAUUGGAACCCUACAGAAGACAUAUUAACUUAUAGUGUUCGAACACAAGCUCAGCGGGCCAUUAACAAAACCCAAAUCCUAUCGGAUGUUUCUAGACUAUUUGACCUGUUGGGUCUUUUGGCUCCUAUCGUUGUGCGAUUCAAAAUUAUGUUUCAAUUGCUUUGGUUGCAAAAUUUGUCAUGGGACGAAACCUUGUCUCCCAACUUGGCAGAAACAUGGGCCCAAUACCAGCAGGAUCUCAGUCAA